AUGUACUCGCCCCAUGAGCAGGUAUAUUUAUACUACAAAAUUCGUAAAAUUCGACAUCAGUUCAAAAAUCUUACUAACGAAUUGCAAACUGUUUACGAAUGGAAAUACCUGGAUUUUUUAUGGGAUUCCGAGGAGCAUAAGCUGGCUGCCGUUAAGGCGGGAGAAUACAAUUUCUCGCGCGUUUUGCCCUCCGAUCUGGCGGUUGCCAAAGAUGGACGAGUUUUCGUGUCGCACAUCGGUUACGCCGGUGUACCGGCGCGUCUCAGCACCGUCACGAGCCGUCUCGGCCCGAAUUCGGGGCCGCUGUUAGCGCCUUAUCCCAAUUGGAACUGGCAUCGCAACGGCGACGACGCUCCCGGCGACUCGGCGUGCUCCGGCAUAACGAGCGUUUAUGGACUCGCCAUCGAUCAAUGCAACAGGUUGUGGGUUUUAGAUACCGGGAUCCCGGAAGUGCAACCGCACGCCGGCGGCGUCAAGGGCCCAGCUAAGAAGAUCUGCCAGGCUCAGCUGCUGGCGUUCGACCUUACCCGGGAUAAGCUAGCCAAGAGGAUCAAGAUACCGAAUCACAUAGCGCAGAACGACCAGGGCAUGAGCCGACUGGUCAAGCCCAUCGUCGAGACCAAGGGACAGCAGUGCGACCACACGACUGUCUACAUGACGGACUCGGUGGGCCACGGCCUCGUCAUCUGGAACGGCAUCGGCCUGUUCCGGCUCGAGGGCGAGGUCUACAAUCCCAUCGACGGGGCGCGCAACAUGAGCAUCGGCCAGCACAGCCUGAACAUCGGCGGCGGCGUCGUCGACAUGUCGCUCUCGCCCAACAUCUUCCCGUACGAGCCGCGCUACCUGUUCUUCAGGCCGCUGGCGAGCUACGACCUCUACGCGGCCAACACGCGCGAGCUCACGCGCAGCGUCUACGGCUAUCGCAUCAAGUACUUCGGCGCCAGGGACAUACUGAGCUCGCAGUCGGUCGGCCAGGCUUUCUCCUCGGACGGCACCCUCUUCCUCGGCCUGAGCUCGGAGAUGGCCAUCGCCUGUUGGAAUCGUUAUCGCGAGUUGGCCAAGGAGAACAUCGUGAUCGUGGCACAGGACAAGCAGCGUCUGCGCUACGCCAGCGGCGUGAAAGUCGUGCCCAAGACCAUUACGAAGACGGCCGAGGAGCUCUGGGUGCUGACAAACCGUUUCCUGCAGUUUCAGCUCGGAAAAAUGGACUUUUCCGACAUUAACUUCCGUAUAAUGAAGGGCGCCGUCAAGGAUCUCGUCGAGGGCACCAAAUGCGAGCUACCGGCGCAACUCAAGGCGGCACUCCGUCGCCGCAAGGUUAAUCUAGCCUACAAAUAUCCUAAAUGAUUUUACUUGUUCUUCUCUCCUUUUUUCAUCCCUUUCUUCUUUUUUUGUCAUCCUCUUUAAUUGUAUCUUAGCUGAACGCAAAAUUUUCUAGCUCAGUAAGUGUAUAUUCGUUGUUAUAUAUUAUUUUAUACUUUUAACUGUGUGAUAGUAAUAAUUUGAAUACAUGUGCCGUGCGGUAUAAUCAACGUCAUUGCAUUAACAUAUUCCGGAAUCAUCGCCAUUAAUUGUACAUUCGUGGUCAUAAAGAAAUUUAAAUUCGAGGCAAAAUUGGUCGCUGAAAUUUUACGUGUGCAGUUCUCGGUCGAGGAAUGAAUUUACGUACAUCGAUUUAUGAAUUAUGCGUAA